GGCGGUUGCUGUGGAAACCGCGGCCAUGGCGGCACCGGGUCCGGCAAGUAGUCGCACCGCCCAGCGCGAGGAGGCGGCCCGCUCCGCAGAGUCGUCGGACACUGUCCGGACGCCAGUGCCCAUCGUGUCCACCGUGUCCCCCGAGCUACCCGUCUCGCCAGGGCAGGGCGUGGAGCCUCCGGGCAAGAACCUGUGGGAGCAGAUCUGCCAGGAGUAUGAAGCUGAGCUGCCUCCCUUUCCAGAGGGAUAUAAAGUCAAACAAGAAGCUAUGAUUACUGUUUCACCAUUAGAGGAAACGGUUCUCCAUGGCUUCAGUACAGAGCACCUUUAUUCAGUUCCUCAUUUGACCAUGGACUCGCAUGUACCCUGUCCUCAAGUUAAGUUGGAAACAGUCGAUCCAAAAACAUGUUCCCCCAAGGAAUAUUUGGAAACAUACAUCUUUCCAGUUCUGCUUCCUGGAAUGGCUAGCCUGCUUCACCAAGCAAAGAAAGAAAAAUGUUUUGAGAGAAAAAGAACCAAAUUCAUUGCCUGUGAUUUUCUGACCGAGUGGUUAUACAAUCAAAACCCAAAGAGGCUAGGGGAGGCUUUCACAGAAGUCUUCUCCAUUCCGUUUGUGGACCAGUGGCUGAAGCAUCAUCCCCGGCCGCCGAUCCCACUCUCCCUCCUGCUGACAGAAGAAGAGGCAGCUCUGUGCAUUCAAUCCUUCUGGAGAGCCUAUCUGGUUCGGUGUGAUCCUGAGAUUCAAGAGUUGCGUCAGUGGCAGAAGAAACUGCGUGAAGACAAGCACAUUCGCGAGCGAGUCAAGAUUUUUUGGGCCAAACAAGAACAGAAAGUGAAAUGCAAAAUGGAGGAUGAUGAGGAGGUUGCACCUACGACCACCACCUUAACCACUGGUGGGAUCUUUUCCCUUCGGAGCUUCGAUAACCCUACGUUAAAGGCUUAUGGGUUGUUUCAUAGAAAAAGCAAUAUAGUCAUUAGAGUAUAUGCCAAAGGACUCACCCUCAUUUACACAUCUCAUGCCGUCAAGUUAAAACUCUUUGCAUCACUGCGAGUGAUUAUGCUGGCCAAACAGUGCAGAGAACAUGGGGCUUUGAAUGGCCGAGAUGUUCGAAAUGCCAAAUAA